ACUGUCAAAUUGUUAAGACCAGCAAUUUUUCUGAAAGGCGUAUUAAAUUUUUACUUUUUUCAGUCAUAAAUACAGUAGAUUGUUUAAUAAAAUGUUAGCUUUAAUCAAUCGCAUCCUUGAUUGGAUUAAAAGCUUGUUUUGGAAGGAAGAGAUGGAACUGACAUUGGUCGGCCUACAAUAUUCAGGAAAAACAACUUUUGUUAACGUCAUUGCCUCUGGUCAAUUUAGUGAAGACAUGAUUCCCACUGUUGGUUUCAACAUGCGCAAAAUUACAAAAGGCAAUGUCACUAUUAAAGUCUGGGAUAUAGGUGGUCAGCCAAGGUUCCGUUCCAUGUGGGAAAGGUAUUGUAGAGGAGUCAACGCUAUAGUGUAUAUGGUUGAUGCCGCGGACCCGGACAAGAUCGAGGCGUCUCGCAACGAGCUGCACAGCCUGUUGGAGAAACAGCAGCUCACCGGCAUACCCGUGCUGGUGCUGGGCAACAAGCGGGACCUGCCGCACGCUCUCGACGAGCACGGUCUCAUCGAGCGCAUGAACCUCUCCGCUAUCCAGGACCGCGAGAUCUGCUGCUACUCGAUCUCGUGCAAGGAGAAAGACAACAUCGACAUCACGCUGCAGUGGCUCAUCUCGCACAGUAAGUCGGGCAGUGCGCGCUAGUCGCCGGCCCGUCGGUCCGCAGUCGGCACCCGUCGGCAACUGUCGGGCUACGGUCGGGCUACGGUCGUUCCCCUCGUCUCCUGCCGAAUGCGGACUCCUUGCCCGCGAUUUUUCAAAUACGACUUCGAAACGGAUUCCACAUUUCGCGCGAGAUAUUUCUUUGGUAGCUAGUUUAAAGAUAUAGUCCGUUGAAUAGAUUACUUGUUUUAUAAAUGAAAUCUUAAAGUUGCAUGCGCGUUUGACAUUCAUCAGACCGUGUACUAUGUCGCCUUAUCGAGUGCGUGUGGGGGUUCCGCUCGUUCGUGUAAUGCGUGAACUGCUAUUGUAAAUUAAACUUCAUCAAAAUACGUAUCAAGGUAGAAGUGCACGCUAACAAAGACCAUAUUCCAAUACGAUAAGGUCCACUUUUAUCGACCACAGCUUUUAAUCUUUGAUAUGUAUGUUGACGUACAUUUCUUCUCGUUGAAUUACAGAAACGUUAUGAGUGCAUGUCUACAUUUUCGCUCAAAUUAACGACAUUAUUAUCUCGAAUAGCGCAAUCAAUAAAAUAUUUAUUUUUGUUCACAUAGUACUAUAAUAAAGGAACAUUGGCGCCAUUUCGAAAUGGCGUCCGCGGCAAAAAUGUGCCUGUCUUUGUAAUUCGAUGAGAAAAAACUUAAACUCUUAGAUCCUAAAUUUAAUUAGCUUGAGUCGACUCACUCUCUGAAUUAUGUGACAUUAUUUUGUAUUCAUUGAAACUUUGGCAAUUUUUAUUGGUGCCAAGUUUGGUAAGCGCUUCAUUUGAAUCAUAUUAUCGGUAUAGGUAUGUGAACGCAAAGUAUUGCCACAUUAAUAUAAAUUACUAUCCAAAGUAUAUAGCGGCUGUUAGUGAAUAAUUUUAGUGAUAAAUAGUCGAUAACAAAGUCCACACAUUGAUUUUCAGUUUUAAUUUAAUCAUUAAAAUGGUAUAUAUACGACACUUCGGACUUAGUUUAGUUUACGUGGACUUGCAAUAUCAAUUAUUAUUAUAUAUCAAAACUUUUUAUAUCUAUCUGUCGCAAUAUUAAGGAUUUGUACGUAUUGUAUUAGAUCGUUUAGAUUCUCUGAUAAUAUUAGCGUAUAUACAUUACAAAUAUACUUAUCUCAUAUUGUUAGCUAAAUAAUAAGUUAAUAUAAUAUAUAGUGUGAGACUAAUUUUGCUCCAUGAUAGCUGUAUAUAUAGUUGAAAAAAAAAAACAACAAAAUUUUGUUAAUUUUAUUUUAUUUCAUAGAUCGAUUCGUAUUCUUCUAAAAAAAGUUUUCGUUAUAAAACGAAAUUAUACUAAGGUUGCCAUCUGCAAGUUUUUAAAACUUUGGAACAUUGCUCGACUGGCAGCCCUAUGUUAGUUUCACACGAAAUUUGUUAGUCACGAAAUUUUUUUUGUACUUGUAACACUGCACAUUGUGUUAUCUGAUAAACAGUUAAAAAUGUAUUUGCGAUUGUUCUACACUAAGAAUACCAUCGAAUAUUAUCAAAAAAACGUAUAUUACUUAAAAUAUUUAUAUAUUAUAUUCCGGUUUUGAUGUAACGUAGUAAAGUCAAGCAAAAUAAAAAUAAAAAAUUGCCUGAAGUUACGAAAGAGUGUCUAUGUCGUGCCGUGUGGCGUCACUCUUAGUUUUGCGUUCAAACACUAACGAUAAGGAUCGAGUUAAAAAAAGUUUUGUAUGAACGCGUUUAAAACCAGAGUAAUAUAUACAUAUGUAUGAUAAAUGAAAUGGUAACUUAAAAUAUAUAGAAAAUUGUUUCGUUUCCCUUAUAAAUCAUUUAUAUUGAAGAAAUAAAAAGUGUUGUGUUCUGUUGUAGAUUUUUCAAUACUGACAUGAAAAAAAAACAUUACAAAUAUAAAUUUAUUGUUGGUGUUGAAAUAUUUACGGUAUGAUGUUGAUUGUUUUUAUUGGAAUGAGUUGAACUGUCUCGUUGCACGUUUGCCCGUCGCGCGGGUUUUGCUAGUGCUUCAAAUUUGUUAUAAUUUAGAUAUACUAUCAGAAACUACUUAAAAUUUUAAUAUGGAGAUCUCAAGUAACAGAAAUUUUAUCUGGAGAAUAAAAUCAAUAAACGAUUUUGAGACUAUGAAAUGAAAUAAAUUAUUUUAAUGUUCUAAAUCUCAAAAAAUUAAACAUUAAGCGAGAUUAAAUUAUAAAAAUUGUAAAAUUAUACAUAAAUGAAUGUAUAACAUUUGUUUUUCUAACCUAUGUAACAAGUGUCCUAAUAAUGUAAUCAUUGUUUGUGUAUUUGGAAAAGUUGAAUAAAAGAAAUCAAAAUGUCUCUCAAAUUCAUUGCAUACAUUCUAAUUGCAGUUUUAAAAUUGAAAUUGUCUAGAACAAUGAGGCUGUGAGAUUCUAUAACACAAAAUGUAUAUAAUUUUAUGUUAUUUGAGAUAUCAAUAUUUAUAUUUGUAAAGGUACGUUAGUCACUCGGCUGUAAUAUAUUCUUUUUUCUAUGAAGAUGACACAAAUCAAUAUAGCGGUGAAAGAUAAUAUUAAAUUAUGUUCAAA